CCUCUUUGAGCAUUCUCUUUCUUCUCCAUUUGGAUAAACCCAGACCCUUAAUUCUGGUGGCGGCUGCUACUCUUGCCCCCUUCGUUCUUUCUCUCUAAAACCCCAUAUUUCUCUCUCGAAGGAGAUCUAUCAAUCUAGAGUACAUGGCCGCCUUUGCCCCUCCAGAUCAGGCUGCAGACCUGCUACAAAAACUGUCUUUGGACCCACAGGCGAAAACCCUGGAAAUUCCCGAGCCAACCAAAAAGCCUUCUGUUGAUUCUGGCAAUGGGACCAAUGGGCAGCUUCACUCACGGGAGGGGUCGUUGACUCCGAUUCUACCUGAUUUUAUUGAUCCGUCUAUGUGCUAUCUUCCUAAUGGCUACCCUUCUACUGCAUACUAUUAUGGCGGCUAUGAUGGUACUGGUAGUGAGUGGAAGGACUACGCACCAUAUGUAAAUUCAGAUGGAGUAGAAAUGACACCAGGAGUUUAUGGGGACAGUGGGUCGCUAAUGUAUCACCAUGGCUAUGGCUAUGCUCCUUAUGGCCCAUAUUCUCCUGCUGCUACGCCUGUUCCAACUGUUGGACAUGAUGGUCAACUAUAUGGAGCUCAACACUACCAGUACCCUUCUCCGUACUUCCAGUCAGCAACCGGCAGCCCAUAUCCUACUCCUGCUGCCUCUGCCAAGGGUGACAUAUCAGCGUCUGCAGCUGCUGACAAAGCUCCUUUGUCAGUUGCUUCUGCUGAUGCAAAAUCUAAUGGCAUUGCAAAUAGCGGGAGCAUAAAGAAAAAUAAUGGCUCGAAUGCUGCCAAACCAGCAUACCAAAAUUCGUCUUAUAACUAUAAUGGCACAUAUGGACGGGGUGGAUUUCCUGGAGCAAUUCCUGCUUCUGGUUAUCAGGACCCAAGAUUUUUACUUGAUGGUUCACGGUCACCAAUUCCAUGGUUAGAUGGUUCCUUCAUGUCAGAUGGGCAGCCUAGGCCAUUAACUAGCUCUUCUAUGGCUUCGCCCCUACCAAACGGAAAUGGUGUUCCCUCAUCAAGAAAUCAGAAUUUCCGUCCUCAUUUCAUGGGUUUGCACCACCCAAGAUCGGUGUCUGGUAUGAAUGCAGCCAACGGAUACAUAAAUAGAAUAUAUCCCAACAAAUUAUAUGGCCAGUAUGGAAACACAUACAGAUCUGGGUUGGGCUAUGGAUCUAAUGGGUAUGAGUCACGUACAAAUGCUCGUGGUUAUAUGGCUGUUGAUAGCAAGUAUAAACCCAGGGCAAGAGGAAAUGGCUUAUAUGGAUAUGGCAAUGAGAACAUGGAUGGUUUGAAUGAAUUGAACAGGGGACCGAGAACAAAAAGCUCGAAGAAUCAAAAAGGUGCUAUGUCAGUGGAUCCGGCUGUCAAUGUGCAAAACCCCUUGUUGACUGGAAUGGCUGAUAGCGAGAAGUCUAGUUCGGCUCCUAAUCGAGAACAAUACAACCAACAAGAUUUCCCUGAGGCUUAUGCAGAGGCAAAGUUCUUUGUUAUCAAGUCGUACAGCGAGGAUGAUAUACAUAAGAGCAUCAAAUACAAUGUAUGGGCUAGUACACCAAAUGGUAACAAGAAGCUGGAUGCAGCUUACCAGGAUGCUCAGCAAAAGUCUGGAGGCUGCCCUGUUUUCCUUUUCUUCUCAGUAAAUACCAGUGGGCAGUUUGUUGGUGUCGCGGAGAUGGUUGGGCCCGUCGAUUUCAACAAGAAUGUUGAGUACUGGCAGCAGGACAAGUGGAUUGGCUGUUUCCCUGUUAAAUGGCAGAUUGUGAAGGAUGUACCCAACAGCUUGCUGAAGCACAUCAUCCUAGAAAACAAUGAGAACAAACCUGUUACUAAUAGUAGGGAUACCCAAGAGGUUAAAUUGGAGCAGGGGCUUCAAAUGCUCAAAAUAUUCAAGGAUCAUUCGAGCAAACAAUGUGUGUUGGACGAUUUUGAAUUCUAUGAGGAUCGCCAAAGGAGAAUUCAGGAGAAGAAAGCUAAGCAACAGCAGUUUCAGAAGCAGAUGCAGGUAUGGGAGGGUAACCCAAAUGAAGAUGAUAAAUCCAAGUCUUCAGAAGUUGCUUCAGAUGUGGGCAAGGAGACUGCAGCAGUUCAGACUAAUGGGGAUGACAACCUUUCCGAGAAUAGUUCUCUUGCAAAAUCUGAUGCCCCCAAAACUGUACAUCCUGAUGUGGUUACAAAUGGUAGCUAGAUUCAGGCUUGCACAAAGCGGUCCAUGAUCUAAUGUGGUGUGCAUUUACAGAGAGUGCUCUGAUCAGAACGUAUGAAGGUUUAGAUCCCCAAUGGAUUGGGCCGCGUUGUUCAGUGCCUUGCUGCAUAAGAAAUUAUUACUCAGUGUGAUAAGAGCCUGAGAAGAUGUUCUCGUAGUUUGGCAAGGCUGAUAUCAACUUCUAGGACAGUAUGGAGUAGGGAGUCCCAUUUUUCCUUGUGAUGGUCUUGUUUCUCUUCCUUUUAGCUUCUAACAAGUUUUUCUUGUUCCUAGAUAGGGGGGUUGGUUUUAGUCUGGGUUUUAUUUUCUUUUUUCUUUUUAAUUUUUGUUAUAGCUUUUUCUGUUUUGUCUGUUUGUUCUUUUCACUCUCCCCUUUUCUCUGGGUGUUACGUCAAUUGCCUUCGUGUGGCACCAUCCUAUCUUGUAAUCCUAGUUCUAUUUUUGUGUCUGUAAAAGUAGGAAGCAAGGUGGGAAAGCAUUGCAAUAUUAAGCUUUUUUAAUAGUUAUCCCGAUCAUGUCAUUUCUCUCAA